AACAUCACUCUCGCCGCCGCUGCUCCGCCCCAUCCCCUUCUGUUUUUCUCUCUCAUUCUCCGGUGGCGGCGGCGGGGAAGGCGGAGGCAGAGGCAGCAGCAGCCGCGGUGGCUGCAAUGAAUGAUCCCUCAGCUGGGGAGGAGGACUCCAGGUGAGCCUCUGCCCUUGGGAGGUCCGGGAGCCCCGGCCACCCGGGACCUGCAGCCCCCCGCCAUGGAUCCUUAGAGGGGGAGGAGGAAGAAGAGGAGGAGAAGACAGCUCUGCCGCCCACCCCCAUCCCAUUUUCCUCUUCCUUUAUCUCAUUGUUGCCGUAGCUGUUUACGGCAGGCUCCCUCUGCCCCAGCAUGGGGCGGGCUCCCGGCACUGCCAUUCGGCAGGCGCUGCUCCUGCGGCUCCCUCGGCUGCCCCGGGGUUCUGCCUAAUUCUCCCUGCCCAGUCGGUGCAGUGAGGACCGGAGGGCGGUGGAGGCCCGGACUGCAGCAGCGGCGGGGCCACCUCCCAGCAUCCCCACCCUAGGAGGCUGCAUGCGGAUUGAAGAGCGGCGCCUAGGGGCUGGGCCGGCCCCGCUGAUCCGGACCUAGGGAGGACAGCAGGACCGCCCAGGCUGCCAAGGGAGGGGGUCGAGCGGGCAGGAAGGACAGAGCAGCAAGAUGGCCAGUAAAACCAAGGCCAGCGAGGCCCUGAAGGUGGUGGCCCGGUGCCGCCCCCUCAGCCGGAAGGAGGAGGCUGCUGGUCACGAGCAGAUCCUGACCAUGGACGUGAAACUGGGCCAGGUGACCCUGCAGAAUCCCCGUGCUGCCCCGGGAGAGCUGCCCAAGACCUUCACCUUUGAUGCCGUGUAUGAUGCCAGCUCCAAGCAGGCAGACUUAUAUGAUGAAACCGUGAGGCCCCUGGUGGACUCAGUGCUUCAGGGUUUCAAUGGCACGGUGUUUGCCUAUGGCCAGACUGGCACUGGCAAGACCUACACCAUGCAAGGGACCUGGGUGGAGCCCGAGCAGCGUGGGGUCAUCCCCAAUGCCUUUGAGCACAUCUUCACCCACAUCUCGCGCUCCCAGAACCAGCAGUAUCUGGUCCGGGCCUCCUACCUGGAGAUCUACCAGGAGGAGAUUCGAGACCUCCUCUCCAAGGAGCCCGGCAAGAGGCUGGAGCUGAAGGAGAACCCUGAGACUGGUGUCUACAUCAAAGACCUCUCCUCCUUCGUCACCAAGAAUGUCAAGGAGAUCGAGCACGUGAUGAACCUGGGGAACCAGACCCGGGCGGUGGGCAGCACACACAUGAAUGAGGUCAGCUCCCGCUCCCAUGCCAUCUUCGUCAUCACUGUGGAGUGCAGUGAGCGUGGUUUGGACGGCCAGGACCACAUCCGUGUAGGCAAGCUCAACCUGGUGGAUCUGGCUGGCAGUGAGAGGCAGAACAAGGCAGGUCCCAACACAGCUGGAGGGGCAGCCACACAGUCCACGGGUAGUGGCAGUGGUGGUGGUGGUGGUGGAGAGAGGCCUAAGGAAGCCUCCAAAAUCAACCUCUCGCUGUCUGCCCUGGGCAACGUGAUCGCCGCUCUAGCAGGCAACAGGAGCACCCACAUCCCCUACCGGGACUCCAAGCUGACGCGGCUGCUCCAGGACUCUCUGGGGGGGAAUGCCAAGACCAUCAUGGUAGCUACCCUGGGGCCAGCUUCUCACAGCUAUGACGAGAGCCUUUCCACCCUGCGUUUUGCCAACCGGGCCAAGAACAUCAAGAACAAGCCCCGGGUGAAUGAGGACCCCAAGGACACACUGCUGCGGGAAUUCCAGGAGGAGAUCGCCCGCCUGAAGGCCCAGUUGGAGAAGAAGGGGAUGCUGGGAAAACGGCUCCGGAGGAAGAGCAGCCGUAGGAAGAAGGCUGUGUCAGCCCCCCCCGGGUACCCUGAGGGGCCGGUGAUUGAGGCCUGGGUAGCCGAAGAAGAGGAUGACAACAACAACAACCACCGCCCGCCCCAGCCCAUCCUGGAAUCAGCUUUGGAUAAGAACAUGGAGAAUUACCUGCAGGAGCAGAAGGAGCGGCUGGAGGAGGAGAAGGCGGCCAUCCAGGAUGACCGCAGCCUGGUGAGUGAGGAGAAGCAGAAGCUGCUGGAGGAGAAGGAGAAGAUGCUGGAAGACCUGCGGCGGGAGCAGCAGGCCACAGAGCUGCUUGCGGCCAAGUACAAGGCCAUGGAGAGCAAGCUGCUCAUUGGGGGCAGGAACAUCAUGGAUCACACCAAUGAGCAGCAGAAGAUGUUGGAACUGAAGAGGCAGGAGAUUGCUGAGCAGAAACGCCGUGAGCGGGAAAUGCAGCAGGAGAUGAUGCUCCGAGAUGAGGAGACCAUGGAGCUCCGGGGCACCUACACAUCCCUGCAGCAGGAGGUAGAGGUCAAAACCAAGAAACUCAAGAAGCUCUACGCCAAGCUGCAGGCGGUGAAGGCGGAGAUCCAGGACCAGCAUGAUGAGUACAUCCGCGUGCGGCAGGACCUGGAGGAGGCGCAGAAUGAGCAGACCCGGGAACUCAAGCUCAAGUACCUAAUCAUCGAGAACUUCAUCCCCCCUGAGGAGAAGAACAAGAUCAUGAACCGGCUUUUCCUGGACUGUGAGGAGGAGCAGUGGAAGUUCCAGCCACUUGUGUCAGCCGGAGUCAGUAGCAGCCAAAUGAAGAAGCGGCCAACGUCUGCAGUGGGCUACAAGAGGCCCAUCAGCCAGUAUGCUCGGGUUGCCAUGGCCAUGGGGUCCCACCCCAGAUACAGGGCUGAAAACAUAAUGUUUCUGGAGUUGGAUGUGUCCCCUCCGGCUGUCUUUGAGAUGGAAUUUUCUCAUGACCAAGAACAAGACCCCCGUGCACUACACAUGGAAAGGCUCAUGCGAUUGGACAGCUUUCUGGAAAGACCUUCUACAUCUAAAGUCCGAAAGUCCAGGUCCUGGUGCCAGAGUCCUCAGCAGCCUCCACCCUCCACCACACAUGCCUCGCUGGCCUCCGCUGCUCUGCGCCCCACGACAGUGCUAGACCACGAGUGACAACCUUCAGUCAGGCUGCCCAUCUGACAGACUCCUGGGAUGGGGCAGCCAACCCUGGAUCAUCUCCCCUGCCGCUCAGUGUGCGUGUGUGUGUGUGCAUGUGCGUGUGCAUAUGUGUGAGGGGGUGAGAAUCUGGCGGACCGUGCCUCUGCCUGCUCUUCUUAGCCUCCUUUAUUUAAUUAAUGUUAUUUAUUCGUGGAGCUCAGUUAGUGUGGGAGAGAUGCCCUCACCUGAGCCUGCCGUGGUCACUGCAUAGCCUCCUUUUCUUCUGACUUUAGACCCCUCUCCCCCAAGUCAGACCUCAAGCUCCUCCCCGUCAGCUGCCCCAAGAAGGGAAGGUGGCCAGUGCCUGAGAAGAGAGUGCUUUUUUCUACCUGUCUCACUGCAUAAUUUCCAUCUCCUCCUAUGCCGAAGGAGAGCCGCUCCUAACCACUUCUGGAACUAGAAAAAUGCUAGUGUCCCCUGAGGACAAGAGACAUCGUGACAGUGCUCCCAGCAGAGAGAGCCCCGCUCUCCACUUUCUGGGCCUCAGACAACCUCUUUUGGCUUCUCGGGCUCCUUUUCAAGGACUUAAAAGACCUCACCAACACAGCCCAUGCUCUUCAGCUUUGGCAAGAACUCAUGGCUUCCCAAACUCUGCUUCCUGCCCACCUUCCCAAUCCUUGGAUAGGAAUUGUGAACCAACCAGUUGCUGCCUCCUGGGGACCUGCAGGAAAUGGAACAAUAAUGGAGACAACGUGGACAGUCAUCAGGGGAAGUCCCUCUUCUGGGUCCCUUUGUUUCUGUCCCCUCUGAGAGGUAACUUUAGUCGACGAGCGGUCAAGCCAACUCCCCACUUUCGAGAUGCUGCUCCUUCCUGCUUUGAUCAUUUUCCCUGCAGCUGCUGGAUCCCAGUUCAUAGUGGGAGAGAUCGAUGCCAUUCUCCCCCUGGCUAAACAAGGGAUCUGAAUCUGUUGCUUUUCCCCUCAUUUAGCACAGGAGACGGCGACUCAGGCAUAAUCUGUCAACUUUGCCCAUUACCGCUGUUUCUGCAUCACAUUUGUUGGGCACUAUCUUGUUGAAAUCUGACCCUUUCUUCAACAUUGUGCAAAUUGGUCCCUAGGCAAGUACCCCUCACCUGCCUUUGUGACAUCCCAAGAUGUCUCCAGGUAUCUCAAGUGAUAAGUAAAUUUCUACCAAAAAAAAAAGAGAGAGAGAGAGAGAGAUUAGUUUUCAUUGACUUACUUUUUAAGUGUUUAUUUUGGUAGAGGGGUAAAGAGGUAAUCAAGAAAGAAAACAUGUGGUUUAGGAUUUCAAAAGGCGGUAAUAGUGGGAUCUCCAGUUCCUAGCAUAUGAGAAGUUUAGUCAUUGGGGUAAAGGCAUGAAACUGACAGAUCUGCCUGAAAUUUGGUGUGUGGGAGGGGGCAGUGGACCUGAUCACCUGGUUAUUCUCUUUCCAUCAGGAAAUGAACUCUUCUUGCACUGGUCAAGUUCUGCUCUAAGGACCAAGCUCUGGUUUGGUUCAACUCAAUGAUGCUGUCGUUUCUGCUGUAAUUACUGGACUACGUGGUUGGGCAACUCAGUUGCCAUUUGCUCCUGUCCAUCGAGGGGAUAACAUUUUCCUCAGAGCCCAAGAGAUUAUUUGAGACUCAGGAUUCAGCUGUGGCUGAGACAGGAGUUGUGUAUAGAAAUCCCCCAGGUGGCCUGGGCACAGGGGCACCUCUGGGCCUGCGUCAAGCAGCCUCCCCCACUGACCUCUUUCUCGUUUGUGGAUGCAGCAGUACAUGUCACCCGCAUUCAUCACUGGGACUCUGCAUUGUCUGGUCACUCAACCCCCACAGUCUUAUAGCACAAGAUACCCAACUUCACCACCCCCAGUCUGAGGGCUGGGCCCAAGGUGUGGUCGGAGGAGGAGCUCCUGCCUGCAGUUUUGUGUACGUGUGUAUGUGUGUGUGUGUGUGUGUGUUUGUGUGUGUGUGUGUACCUCCACAGGAGACACUCUACACUCAGCGUAAGAUAUGCUGGGAACAGGGCCACCGGGGUGGCUGGAUCUCAGUUUCUGUCUCUCUCUCUCUCUUUUCCUUUUGAUGUAUCAAACCUUUGAUUGACAAAGUAAGGGCCUUGAUUAGGACCAAAUUUCCAUGUCUGUGGCUAUGGUCUUUAUUUAGGACGACAGUUAACAAUGCAGUGGCCCAUUCUUGUCACUCUAUACAUAUGACUAUACAGGACAUAUGUAAUAUAUAAAUAUAUAUAUAAAACAUUA